GUCGCGGGGCAGGGGGUGGGGCUGCCGGAACCCGGAAGCGCAAGACCCACGUGGAAACCCGGAGGAUGCUGUUUAGCUCCGCUGUCCGGUUCAGGGAGUCCUAGAGCAGGUCUGUUCGUCACUGGGUGAGGGCAGCAGUUGAGUCCUCCUCACCUGCACGUGAGGGACGACUUCCCGCCGGGACUAAGCAGGGGACUUCGAGUUCCCUGCGCGGCCUGCACAAUGGGACUGCUCUCGACUCUCAGGGAUAUGACCUGUUACUGCUCAGGUCGCCUGGUAGCUCGUCAUUUCUCCCAAGCGGCGCGGCGAGGGGAGCGGCCUGGCGGGGAGGAGCUAAGCCGCCUGCGGCUGGAUGACUUGGCGCCGACCGUGCGGCUGGAGCUGCUGUUUGGCGUGUCCCCGUGUCUCCUGGCUCUGCGGGCCGCCCGCCGCCGAGUGGCCCGUCUCCUGCUCCAAGCCGGCAGGGCUGGAGUACAGGGGGAGCGGGCAGAGCUGCUCCGGGAAGCGGAGGCGCGGGACAUUCCUGUUCUGCGACCCAGACGGCAGAAACUAGACGCCCUGUGCCGCUACCAGGUGCACCAGGGCGUGUGCAUGGAGGUGAGCCCGCUGCGGCCCCGGCCUUGCAAGGAAGCCGGGGAAGUAAGCCCAGGCGACGACCACCAGCAACUUUGCCUCGUCCUUGAAGGACUCCAGGAUCCCCGGAAUCUUGGUGCUGUGCUGCGCUCCGCUCACUUCCUCGGAGUAGACAAAGUCAUUAUCAGCCGGAGAAACAGCUGCCCGCUCACUCCAGUAGUCAGCAAGGCCAGUGCGGGGGCAAUGGAGGUGAUGGACGUGUUCUCCGCUGACGACUUGGCAGGUUUUUUACAGGCCAAAGCCCAGCAAGGAUGGCUUGUGGCAGGCACAGUGGGCUUCCAGGGUUCUGAGAGUCCCAGUUCCUCCAAGACCCCCAUCAUUAGUUGCUUAGAGUUCCUCUGGGACCGGCCUACUCUCCUCGUGCUAGGGAAUGAGGGUUCUGGUCUGUCCCAGGAGGUACAGGCCUCCUGCCAGCUCCUCCUUACCAUUUUGCCUGGGCGCCAGCUGCCUCCUGGACUCGAGUCCUUGAAUGUGUCCGUGGCUGCAGGAAUUCUUCUUCACUCCAUUUGCAGCCAGAGGAAAGGUUUCCCUGCAGUGGAGAAGAGAGAGAAACUUCUCCAAGACUCACAAGAAUCACCAGCUACAUCUGAAGGACUCAGAGUGACUCAGCACCCAGAAUUGUCUUCAGGAUCAGAAAAAGAGAGGCAAAAGCGGGGCUGAGGUGGACUGUCCAAGAAGUGCACGUCCUGGUGUUGGGACAGUUGCACAUCCAUCACAGGCUCUGAUGUGCGUCUCUUCCAGAGUGUGUACCCUAGCCUGUGUUUAUAGAUCCUAGUCAUUUAAACUAUGGGGCAGGGGACUUUGCAGUAAAGAUCAGAGGAAGUUCAGUUUCCUAUUUUGCUCUGAACUUGCAGUUGGAGAUGGUAGUUUGGUAAUUUCCAGGAUGGGCUAGGACAGAAAGCAAGGGGAAGUUGAGGCUUCAGAAGGAAAUCAAGCAGCUCAGUCCAGGGGUCUGAUUCCUGAACCAGGUGUUGCCUGCAGCGAAUGUCGAGUGUUAGGAUGCAGAGGGAGGCUGAGGGCUUCCUGUGGGAUAGAGAGUAGAAAUCAAGGGCUUCCCCACUGGGGGCCGUAAGUGCAGGUCUUCAUCUUGAGGUGCCCGGAACCUUGGUCUGCACCUACCUACCUCACAGGGUUGUUGUGAGGAGCAAAUAAAACAUCACCUGGUAUCCAUUAGGCACUCAACAAAUGGGCUGAUCUAUCCCAAUUCCUCCAUUAGGUGGCAGCCUCGCUCUUUGGUUUACAGUUCUGAAAAUUUUGCAGCCACCUUGGGAUACUCCUGGCUGCAGUCAGUCCCAUUAGAGACAAAAAAUUAGCAAUGCCCCCGCCCCCCAACAAACACACAUCCACAUACACCCCAUCUCAGGGAAGGAACUGAUGAAGCAAAGCCCUUGGCCUGAGUGUGUGGGUGGUGAGGGUAGGAUUACUGUUUAUUGUGCAACCCUGUCAGAUUUGGCAUGCCUUCACCAAGGCCCCACAAGUUAAGCAGAAGCCACAGCAUAAGUAAUGCAGGAUGCACUUCUCAGUUGUGGCUGCACGUUGGAACCACCCGGCAAGCUUAAAAGAAACAAGCCCAACACUGCCACCUGCAGUCGUGGCCAAGAACCAUCAGAGCAGUGCUUCUCAACCUCGGCAUUACUGAAUCUUGGGGCCAGAUUAUUAAUUCUUUGCUGUGGGAACGGUCCUGAGCAUUAUAGGGUGUUUAGCAGCAUUCCUGGCUUCUAGGUGCUAGAUGCCAGCAUCUCUGCCCUCCCACCCUGUUAUGAAACUGAAACUGUCGCGACAUUAUAUCAUCCCUGUUUGAGAACCACUGCACUGGAGCCUAGGCUGGGAGAACAGCAGUCCCUAAAUCGUAAUCCUGAUCACUGUGAUUUGAGGCAAGUUCCCUCCACACCUGAGCAUCAGCCGAUUCCUCCUUAACAGGGGAAUAAUACUACUUCCUGGAUAUCUGGGAGGAUAUGGAGAGCAACAGGAAUACAGUGCCUCAUAUGUAGUAGAUGCUUAAUAAAUAGUUUCUGUCUUUUUCCUUCAGACUCCAUCUGGAGUGGAUUUAGCUUGAAAUUGUAAUGGCAAUGCCAAUUUAGAACAAAAGUUGAACUUACUUAAAAAGGGCCCAAGUCACUUUAAAUAAUAGUUUUACUUCUGAAGAAAAAGGACAAAACCCCUUCAUAAACCACUCUUUCCUACUAGCAUCUGUCCCCUCUGGAACUCUGGCCCUGACUGCUGCACAGGUUCUGACCUCUGCUGAGCUAGCGGAUACUAUGAUGCCUCUGCCACCUCUAUGCCCUUGACCAAGAGCUUAGUGUAGUGAUUUUCAAGUUACUAUUUUUAUUUUUUACUUAAUUUAAAAUUUUUUAGCAUUGGUGGAAACUAGGAGCCAUGGGGCCAGAGAGAGAGAGGGAUGGCUCUUAGCAUUCUAGACGCCCAGAAGGACCAGACCUAAAAACAAUCUCAGGAAGGAGCCAGAUUUCCAUAUUUCUUAAAGCUCCCCAGUUGGUAUUGUAUCUCUAGGUUUGAGAAGCCCUGAUCUUUGAGUCACCUGUUCGUGUCCAGGCAAUACUUCACGUUCACACCUGUGUCUUUAAGCUCUUGCCUGAAAGUUUGGGCCAGGAUGAUCAUUAAUCUGUCCUUAAGGGUCUUUGGAAGAUGUUUCCAAGUCCUGGCUCCAUGACAUACUACUUAGCUUCCCUGACUCCUCCUCUGUCGAUUGGGGGUAUUGUCGUUCAUACCAGCUGUCUACCACUUUCC